GUGCAAUAGCCAUGUGCUGGCUUUCUUCCAUCUAUUUCGAUAUCUUCCAUACCAGUAUGGCCCAUAAAGGUUUCCUAGACUAUCAAGAUCAAUGGGGUUACAAAUGGCGAUCUUCAGUGCGUUUCAUAAUGCUCACUGUUAUGAUGGCGACGCUCAGCGCUUCCUUCCUCUAUGGCUUCAUCGUCCCUAUUCUACCGUACAUGUUAGAACAGCGAAUGCAAAUACAUCACACGAAAACUCAACGUUUCAUAUCCACUCUUCUUGCUGAGGGUUCUUUUGUCUCAAUCAUCGUUUCUCCUGGCAUAGGAUAUCUCGCCGAUCAGUUGAGUUCGAAAAAGAUUUUAUUGAUAUCAUCAAUAGUUGCUUCUUUCUUAAGCACGAUCUUCCUUGCACUAGCUGAGUCUGUAUACGUGUUGUUUAUCGCCAGAUCGUUUCAAGCAGCCGCCGAUAAUGCUAUGUGGGUUGUUUCUCUUGCUACAAUCGCAGAGAAUGUUCCAUCUCGGCAUAUGGCAAAAACAAUGGGAAUUGUUAAUGUUGCUGGUUGCCUUGGUAUCUCACUCGGUCCAACGGUGAGCGGCAUUCUUCUUGAGAGCGCCGGAUAUUGGGCUUCUUGGUCAAGCGCUUUUGGACUUCUUGGGAUUGAUCUUGUUUUACGUUUUCUUAUGAUAGAAAGACCAAAGGAUAAUGGAAGCAAAUCUGAAAGUACAUCUCAGACAAAUUCCACGAACAAUUACACAAAAAAUUCUUGCAGAUCUCCAAGCCCAACCUUGGAUAAUGAGAGAACACCGUUGAUUUCCUCAGCUGAUACCCCAUCAUCGCUACCAGAUGAUUCGUCCUCAAAACCCCAGAAUGAACCGAAGGUUGGAGUAGAAUACUAUACUCACAUGCUCUCUCAGCGUCGAUUCAAUGCUGGACUUCUAUGCAAUAUGGCACAUUCGAUCUUGUUAACUAGUUUUGAUACAACACUACCACUUCAUGCCCGGGAUACGUUUCAAUGGAGUAGUGGUGUAAUAGGCCUGCUCUUUCUUGGACUUCAAGUCCCUGCAGUAGUUCUCAAUCCUUUUGGAGGCUGGUUGAAGGGUCGAGUUGGAAAUCGAUACCCUACCAGUGUUGCCUUCCUCUUGCUACUACCAGUGCUUUGUCUUAUUGGAAUUCCUGGGAGUCCACUUUUCGCUUGGACCUCCGGAGAAUCCUCACAGUACCGAGCGCUAUACAUUGCGUCUAUUUGGAUGGCAGGAAGUUUAAUGUCUAUGGUCGACGGAUCUGCUGUGACAGAAGUUUCCCUAAGUGUACAAGACGUUGAGCGUGACCAUCCUGGUAUAUUCGGCGGGAGCAGCGGACAAUCGAGAGCUAUGUCUCUGGUGGUGAUAUCCUGGACACUUGGAUCAAUUCUGGGGCCGAUUCUUUCCGGCUUGAUUGUUGAGAACUUCGGAUAUUUUGAAAUGAACGCGACUUUAGGUAUUUUAUGCAUUUUUUUCUCAUUGAAUUCAUUUUUCAAUUUUGGACGUAUCGAGACUUAAAGUCUAUUGGUGACUAUUAGUGUUCAAUUUUGGAAGGGUUAAAUCGAAGUUAGAGGCAGUGUGUAUUUUGUUAUUGACUAGCACACCUCUCCCCCUCUCAACAGGUUCAAGCUUUUCGAUACAGUGAGGUCUUAGUCAGAAAGCUGCUUCUGAAUAGCACGAAAGUGUGUUCAAAUGUUGAUUUGUCCAUCCCAUGCCGAAUGUUUGCAGCAAUAUGAUUCUGUUAGGAUACCACUGUUUAAAUAGUUGACGAUUGUAUUAUUAUAAACGUUAUGUAUCAUUUAG